CAGGGCUUUUCUAGACACAUCUUCCUUUUCCAACACAUAUAAUGCCGGGGCCUCCAAGCUUGUUUAUACUCAAUUAUCAACGAGGCAUUACGAAUUAGCGUACAGACUACGGUCGUUUCUUUGAAUAUGUUCGUUCCCACUAUCUCAGGCGCCGGGACUUUCCCCAUGGCAUUUGCUUGGAUUUAUCCAAUUCUAGCAGCCGUGGUUUUCUUUGCAUACCGGGCUCUCAAUAUAUCCUCCAGUAAAGAGCUGUCGGUAGAAAAAGAACAAGCACUCACUUGCGACUCUAUCCCGCUAGCAAAUAGAUGGCCCCUCGGCAUCGACUUGCUAACAAGGACACUGGUUGCAUCCGACGAAUCCCGUGUCAUGGAGUUUUUCUUGGACAACUUUCGUAAAUUUGGGAAUACUUACCGACAGGUUAUCGGGUGGAACGAGUCCCUGAUGACCAUCGACUCGGCGGCUAUCGAGGCCAUACUUUCGACAAAUUCAAAAGACUGGGGUCUGGGCUUUCGGCGCACCAUCUUCUCUCCGUUGUUUGGUGAUAGCAUCUUCAUCCAGGAAGGGAGUGCAUGGAAACAUUCGCGGGAUAUUUUACGCCCGCAUUUUUAUCAUCGAAACUACGAGAGCCUAGAUAUUUUAAGGCCACACGUGGAUAAUCUACUGCAGGUAAUCACUGGCGCAGCGACAGAUGUCAUCGACUUAGAGCCCCUAUUUUUUCAUCUCACGCUCGAUCUGACUACCGAAUUCCUCUUUGGAGAGUCUGUAGGGAGCCAGUGCCUAGACUCCAGCGCGGCGAGUCGAGAAUUUGAAGAGGCAUUCAACCAAGCCCAGAUCAUCUCGGCUAGGAGACUUCGACUUCAAAAGCUUUAUUGGCUGGUUGGCAGCAAGAAAUUCCGAAAGGCGUGUAACAUCAUCCAUCGCUUCGUGGACCGCGUGAUACACAACGCUCUAACGACUAGCGUUGACGAGGGGUAUUCAGGAAGACCCCCUUUCCUAAGGAGUAUCGCACAAUACUAUCCUGAGCGGGAUACUCUUAGGGGCCAUACGAUAAGUAUUCUUACAGCAGGAAGGGACACUACGGCUAGUUUUCUAUCAUGGACUUUUUUUCAUCUCCUGAGGCAUCCAUCAGUCUUGAAGAAACUACAGUCGGAAAUUUCUCAAGUGGACGAGACUGCGACUCCCAUGACACGAGCAGAUCUGCUUCGACUAAGCUACCUUCAAAACGUCAUAAAAGAAGUAUUGAGAUUACACCCGCCGCUACCUCUCAUAUCUCGUACCGCAGUUAGGGAUACGAUACUGCCGGUAUGGGGGCCUGGCGGGAAGUCACCUAUCCUUAUACCGAAAGGGAUGAGCGUACUAUAUAGUUCCUACUGCAUCCAUAGACGACCGGAUAUCUACGGAAUGGAUGCAGAAGUGUUCCGCCCCGAAAGAUGGGAUGAGGAACCCCUCCGUUCUCGCGAUAUGACACACCGCGAGUGGACGUACCUACCUUUUGGUGGUGGUCCUCGAACAUGUCUGGGGAUGGAUUUCUCCUUAACCGGGGGCGCGUAUACGAUCGUGCGCAUCCUACAGCGCUUCCCGUUCAUAAAACUCCCAGUCGGCGAACGGAUCCAGGUGUCGGGCAAGGAGAGACAGAUGGCGGCGGUGUCGCUGAAGCCAGCUGACGGAUGCAAGGUAGACCUGGGCAAUGUAUAGCCGGAUACAUGGGAUUUUUUUUUAGUGCUGACACGUUAGAAUCACCACUCGCGAAAUCAUAACAGUUGAAUCCACCUCAUUUCGAGAACGUCGAGUGGCUCAUAGCACGAUGCUUGGCUAAGAGCAAUUGGUAUAAGUAGUAAACACUCGGAGUUAGCCGACUUUUUCUUUCUUUACUUUAAGCGAACCACAUCUCUUUGUGGGGAACUAGCUGCCUGGAUGAGUUCCCAUAUUUAGACCUAACUUGUCUGAGCUAGAUACUACCUCUAAUGUACUUGUUAGUUGAAAACGUUAUCUUAAGGAGAUAAAAUAGCCGAGGGAAUAUCCCUGGACCUUACAUACUAUUUCCGGUGCGUCUCAGUUACCCAGACAGAGCCCGUCUACUAUGUAAUGCUCUUGAGUCAUGAAACGAUUGCAUAGACCGCAUAAACCGUACGGGCAGAUCACAUCUUGGUUAGGUUAGGUAGGCAAUUAUCCUAUACAUAGUAUACUCCUGUAAUGGCUGACCCAUUUCGGAUCUGAUAUCGGUGUUGGUAAAUAAGUAUAAUCUGUAACAAAUGUGGCAUUUGCGCUGGUAAUUGUAUGCUACUCUCGUUGACGGCAUUGGAGAUAGUUACUUGGAUAGAGCUAAAUACUUGGGUUAGGUACCUAACCUUAGGUAGGUUAGGUUAGGUUAGGCUAUGUAAGUUACUUGAUUAUCAGUUCUCCA